AUGCCAGCGUCAGCACAUCCUAGAAGAGACUCGGCAGAGUCCAUCAAUACGGACAUUAUAACGCUAUCGCGCUUCAUCUUAGAGAGCCAACGCUACGAUGCCAAGAAUGCCACUGGUGAGUUUUCCCUGCUGUUGAAUUCAUUGCAGUUUGCGUUCAAGUUUAUUUCCCAGACCAUUCGUCGUGCAGAGCUGGUCAACCUGAUGGGCCUAGCCGGGGCGUCCAACGCUACCGGGGACCAGCAGAAAAAACUGGACGUGCUAGGAGACGAGAUAUUCAUCAAUGCCAUGCGUGCCAGUGGUAACGUCAAGGUCCUGGUUUCGGAGGAACAAGAAGAGCUGCUCGUUUUCAGACACAACCCUGCCACAUAUGCGGUUUGCUGCGAUCCGAUCGAUGGCUCUUCGAAUCUGGAUGCCGGUGUAUCGGUCGGAACCAUUGUUUCCCUCUUUAAGCUACUACCCGACUCACAGGGUUCUACCAAAGACGUUCUACGCUGUGGUCGCGAAAUGGUCGCCGCCUGCUACGCCAUGUACGGUGCGUCCACACAUCUAAUGCUCACGACCGGGAACGGUGUCAACGGGUUCACACUGGAUACCAAUCUAGGGGAGUUCAUUCUCACUUACCCAGACCUAAAAAUGCCCUUGGAAUUUCCAAUUUAUUCAGUAAAUGAAGGAAAUUCGGUUUACUGGGAGGAGCCUAUCCAGCAGUUUUUCCAACAGCUCAAGGUCCCAAAGUCGGAAUUGAAGGACAAACCUUACUCAUCUCGUUACAUUGGCUCCAUGGUUGCCGAUGUGCAUCGGACACUGCUGUACGGUGGCUUAUUUGCAUAUCCCAGCGAUCAAAAAAAUCCGAAGGGUAAAUUGCGGCUAUUAUAUGAGGCCUUCCCAAUGGCCUUCUUGGUAGAACAAGCUGGUGGCAAAGCCGUGAAUGAUCGAGGAGAAAGAAUCUUGGACUUGACCCCGGAAAAUAUUCACGACAAAAGCAGCAUUUGGCUGGGAAGUAAAAAUGAUGUGGAAAAGUAUUUGAAGCACAUAGGCAAAUAG